UUCUCAUUUCGUUAUCUCUCGCGUUAUCUCACUCUCUUUCUUCCCCUUUCUCUCUCCCUCUCAAAUUCAACGCUUCUCAAUCAACAGAAUCCCGCAAAUUUUCCAAUUUUCUUUAAUUUCUGACGGAUCUCUUCACAAAUAUCUCUCUAAAAUCCCUCCUUUUUCGCUUGUUUUCUCCAAUCUUAGUCCCUUUUCUAGGGUUUCUUCCCAUAGAUCUAGCUAUAUUUCACUCCAAUUCCUACUCCUGCACUGCCCAGUAUGCUGAAUUUCAGCUCUCUACGGCUGCAAUUUAAUGUUAGAGAGUGUGAUUAGGGUUUGAUCACGUUGUCAGGGAGUGUCAGAGACUGCACUGUAACUUCGUUGUCUGUGUGUGUGUUUGUGCUUUGGCUAGUAAUGGCUGCUUUGCAGCCAGUGGCGUCGAGCGUGAGCGCGACUGCCAGUAAUUAUGGUUCUUGUAAAGCUGGUGCUGCUGAUGUGGUGGUUUCUGAUCAGUUUCCGAUGGGUUUGCGUGUUUUAGUUGUGGAUGAUGAUACUACUUGCUUGAAGAUUCUUGAGCAGAUGCUUCGCCGUUGCCUUUAUCACGUUACAACUUGUUCCCAGGCCAAAGUAGCUUUGAAUCUUCUGAGGGAAAGGAAAGGUUGUUUUGAUGUGGUACUAAGUGAUGUUCAUAUGCCUGAUAUGGAUGGGUAUAAACUUCUUGAGCAUGUUGGCUUAGAAAUGGACCUUCCAGUUAUUAUGAUGUCUGCUGAUGGAAGAACAAGUGCUGUAAUGAGGGGGAUUAGACAUGGAGCUUGUGAUUAUUUGAUUAAACCUAUACGUGAAGAAGAGCUCAAGAAUAUAUGGCAGCAUGUUGUUAGGAAAAAGUGGCAUGAAAAUAAAGAACUUGAACAUUCUGGAAGCUUGGAAGACAAUGAUCGGAAUAAACGAGGAAAUGAUGAUACUGAAAUUGCUUCUUCUGUUAAUGAAGGAACAGAUGGAGUUUUGAAAGGUCAGAAAAAGAGGAGCAUUUCUAAAGAUGAAGAUGAUGGUGAACCAGAAAAUGAUGAUCCCUCCACAUCGAAGAAACCGCGUGUUGUAUGGUCUGUGGAGCUUCAUCAACAAUUUGUCAGUGCUGUAAACCAGCUUGGAAUUGACAAGGCUGUACCUAAGAGAAUUCUAGAAUUGAUGAAUGUACCUGGUUUAACCAGAGAAAAUGUUGCAAGUCAUUUGCAGAAGUUUAGACUGUAUCUGAAGAGAUUAAGUGGGGUUGCUCAACAAGGUGGGAUUUCCAAUGCAUUCUGUGGCCCCAUGGACUCAAAUGUAAAACUUAAUUCACUUGGAAGAUUUGACAUUCAAGCUUUGGCUGCCUCGGGUCAGAUUCCUCCGCAAACAUUAGCGGCGCUGCAUGCUGAACUUCUUGGUCGACCAGCAGGUAGCCUAGUUGCAACAUUGGACCAACCGGCUCUCGUACAAGCAUCCAUACAGGGGCCCAAGUGUAUUCCUGUUGAGCAUGGCGUGUCAUUUGGUCAGCCAUUGGUAAAAUGUCAAUCCAACAUUUCUAAACCUUUCCCACAAAAUAUGGUAUCUGUUGAACUUGUUACUUCUGGACUUGGAGCCUGGACUUCUAAUACUAAUCCUGGAGGUAUGAGUACUCAAAAUGGUAGCAUGUUGAUGGACAUGUUACAUCAUCAGCAACAACCACAGCAGCAGUCAUUAUCAGAGCCCAGCCGUUCAAUUAAUGUACAGCCAUCUUGCCUGGUGGUCCCUUCUCAGUCAUCAGCCAGUUUUCAGGCCGGAAAUAGUCCUGCUUCAGUCAAUCAGAGUUGCAACUUUAACAGGAAUUCUGUCAUUGAUUAUAGCCUUCUGUCAUCUCAGUCAAAUAAUUCUUCAUUGAAUAUUGGGCACAUGCCAGAUGGGAAUCUAAAAACUACAGUUGUUGUUAAUGGGUACUCAGCCCCUGGUUCCAUAUCUCCUUCUGCAUCAUCAUGUUCUGUCAAUGCUGACAGUGGCAUCACUCGUCAAGUUCAAAAUUCAGCCAUUACCUUUGGAGCUGCUAGACAUUUACCAGGGCUGGAUUCAAAUAUUUGUGACAUCCUGUGUUCUUAUGGUGCAAAGUCAGGUGAAGUUCUUGAUCAAGGGCCACUUAGGAACCUUGGAUUUGUUGGUAAGGGGACUCGCCUUCCAAGCCGAUUUGCAGUGGAAGAAUUUGAGGCACCAAUUAAUAACUUAAGCCACGGGAAAAUUUAUGUGGAGAAUAGUGGCAGUAAAGUGAAGCAGGAGCCAAAUAUGGAAUACUUAGAUGUUGCGAGAGUGGGCAUUCCAGUAUUGCAGCAAUUUCCUCCAAAUGAUCUCAUGAGUGUCUUCACAGAAUAGGCUUUAUUUGUUUGGUGGAUUCAGGGGGGGGAAGUUGCUAAUUGUCGUGGAAAGUACAGAUUAUUUGGUAUCAGAAGGGAUUCAAUUAGAUGUUUAUUAUGGACUUGAUUUCCGGUGCUUGCACUGUUUUCAGGCGAGCUGUGGAGCCUCCUCAGUAUUUACAGCAUUGAGAGGAAAAAUUGUACCUGUUAUUAUGAGUAAUUUCCGUUGAAGUGCUGGGGCCAAGCUCUACAUGUAUCAAGUAGUAUUUCCUUUGCUUUUCUUUUCUUUUCUUAAGUCCGUGGGAAAAAUAAGUUCCGUUAGAUUUCAACAGCUUGAAAUGAAGUCACAUAUGAUGGCAUCUUGCUUAUCGGUAGUUGUGUAGUUAUUUGGGUUCAAUGACGAUGAAAUGCUAAUGUGUUUAUAUUAUGCAAUUCAUUCACGAA